CGCGGGGGCCGCUCAGUUUCUGCCCCCGUCGGGCUUUAUCGCAGCGUGCACAGUCGGGGACCGCAGGCAGAUGCGGAGACGAAGCCUGAAGAAGCCGUCUGUAGGGUUCUGUGAGCUCGGAGAGGUCAGCAGUACGUAGCAGCAGAGGACGCAUCCAUCCAGCACGAUCGCCUGCACUGAGUGACCGCCUCUUGUGUGACUCAGACGAGAAAAGAACAAAUAGAAAUAUAUAGCUUGUUAAGCCGCAACUCGUUCAGAUUGUAAGCAGUAUCAGGUUCAGUAAGCUCGAACAGAGACCAGCACACGGAAAAGCAACAUCAGCAGCAACCCCAGCAAGCAGCAACAUGGCUAACAGCAGCAAGGAUUACCGCAUCAACACCAGGAUUGUGAAGGUGGCCCACAAGGACGGCAACAAGGCGUCCAUUCCACCCAUCUACCAAUCUACAACGUUCAAGGCCGACUCGAUCGGCUCGUUCUCCACCCAGGACUAUGACUACACGCGUUCGGGAAACCCAACCCGGACGGUUUUGCAGAACCACCUGGCCUCCGUCAUCAACUGCAAGUAUGUCUACGCCGUCAACUCCGGGAUGGCAUGUUUGGACGUCAUCUUGUCCAACUUGAAGCCAAACGACGAGGUCGUGGCAGGUGAAGACUUGUACGGAGGCUCCGACCGUUUGUUGCACUUUGUCGAACGCAAACACAGCAUCAAGAUCAAGCACUUCGACACCACCAAUCUGCCUCUGAUGAAGAGCGCCAUCACCAAGAAGACCAACCUUGUGUUGCUUGAGUCGCCAACCAACCCGCUUAUCAACGUCGUCGACGUCAAGGCGAUUGCUGCACACGCCCACGCAGUCAAUCCAGAAUGUAUUGUUGUGUUCGACAACACCAUGAUGACUCCGCUAUUGAUGUCGCCAUUGGAGUUGGGUUGCGACAUCCACUACGAGUCCGCAACAAAGUACCUCAACGGCCACCACGACAUCAUGGCCGGUGUCCUGGCCACCAACAGAGACGACUUGGCCAAGAGCUUGUUCUAUGUGAUCAAUGCAACCGGUUCAGGCUUGGCCCCAUUCGAUUCUUGGCUAUUGAUCAGAGGCUUGAAGACUUUGUCCAUUCGUUUGGAAAGGGAACAGCAAAACUGUAUGACAUUGGCCACUUUUCUACAGAACAAGGGCUUCAGCGUUAGAUACACAGGCCUCAAGUCUCAUCCACAACACGACCUCCACUUCAGCCAGUGUAAAGGUCCAGGGGCUGUUCUGUCUUUCGAAACAGGCAAUAUUGCCCUGAGUGAAGCCAUCAUCAAGAAUUGUGAGAUCUUUUCCACAACAGUGUCCUUUGGUUCUGUUUCCUCGUUAAUAUCUUUACCUUUGAAGAUGUCCCACGCCUCCAUUGAUAAGAAGGUCCUCGCCGAGAGAAACUUCCCUCAAGACUUGAUUCGUCUCUGUGUCGGUAUUGAAGACAUCCAAGAUUUGAUUGAUGACUUAGACCAUGCAAUUUUACUUGCAAAGAGAGAGGUUGGCCCAAAAUUAUAGUGAAGGUGAGUUGAGGUCGAACUCUGACAUAAUAUUACUAAUUAACCUAUUAGAUAUUUGUUGUAUUUUUUUUCUGUGUAUGUACAUUCGUAUAGAGAUAUAUAUUUUUGUGUCUUUUU